CUCAAUUUUAGAACAACUUGCUCCUGAUUUGAAAGGAGUAAAUGAAAAAGAAAUUGAUCUUAUAACAGAAUUUUUUUAUAGCAAGCUCAAAGAUCAUCAUUCAAUAGUACCUGCUGCCUUACAUGGGCUUCACGUAUUGAGCUCAGCAAACAGGCUUUCCCCAGGGUUAGCUAAAUCAAUAGCUCAGGCAAUAUUUCAAAAUGUUCAUUGCCAAUCACAGUUGCAGCACGAUAGAAGAGCGAUUUACAAAACAAUCAAAAACCUUCUGGCUCUUCAUAUUGGAGAGUUACAGGUUCUUGGGUCAGGACUUUGUUUUUGGCAUCAUCCAGGCAGCCGAUCAAGAAAGAGAUCCACGCAACUUGUUGCUUCUAUUCAGUAUCUUCCCAGUAGUAGCCCGCUACUUUACACUAGAACCUUUCACCGAGGAGUUUUUUGAAGUUUUUAGUUGCUACUUUCCUAUUGACUUCACGCCGCCUGCAAAUGACCCAUACGGAGUAACCAAAGAUCAGCUGUGUGAAGGAUUACGACAAUGUCUUGCCAGUAGCGCUCAUUUUGCUGAAUACUGUAUGCCUCUAUUGCAGGAGAAAUUGGAGUCUGAUUUGGUUUCUGCCAAAAUAGAAGCGUUGAAGACAUUGGAACUGUGUUGCCUCUCCUAUCACCCGACGCAGCUUGAAAAGUGGAUUGACACAUUUUGGAAAUGUAUUCGCAGGGAAGUCUUGAUCAACGUUAAUACUGAAGAGCUAGAGCACACCGCUUUAGACGCUCUUGCCGCCUUAUCACGAGCAUUCGCAACAAACGGAGAACUCAAUAAUUCUGCAUUCACCAAACUACUCAAAGAAAUUCUGUCUGAAUGCCAAGGACAUUUGUGCGAGCCGGAACGCCGAUUGAUGACCCCAAGUAGUUACGUUCUGCUAGCAAUAUGCUCUGGAAAUGCACCUGCUUGUGCGCUCAUCGUUAGCCAGGUGAUUCCUCUUCUGAUGGAUCAGUAUCGUAUCAGAUCACAAUCAGCUCCACGACAAUUUAUCUUGAACUGUUUAAACAAGCUAGUGCAAGCCGGCCUUUACGGUUUCACUGAAAUAGAUGUUGCUCAGAGUGGCAUAUAUCCUUUGAUACCAGCAUUGUUAGAACUGUAUCUCGAAGUGCUAAAAGAGGAUGACGCAUUACUCCGCAGUCUAAGUCUUCAAGGAUUGGGUCACUUUGUUGGUAUCGGAAUGAACCAUCAAGACCUGGAAAAGUUUAAUCAGUCACUUUUGGAUCUGCUUCUGCAACCAUUGACCACCGGCCAUACCGUCGAAGAAAUUGGUCAGUUCUUUCACAAAUGUGCUGAGCAAAAUGAAAGCUGGUUCGUUGAACAAGUAUUGGUUAAGCUGUUGGAUAUGGCUAUGUCUGACAAAGCCAACGAGAUCUUUCGUCUGUUAAGAACUUUACCUCCUUUGCCGCGGAUACGCUCGCAAGUGCUUUCCAAGCUAAUGGCUCGGCUAGAACAAUCAGAACUCGAAUUGCGAUUGGAAAUGCUAAAGACUUUGGCUCACUUUGCACAACAUGACGAGCUCCAAAUGUUCCACCAGUUGCACAGUUGGGCGUUAGAAACCUUAAAAGAAGGAGAUCCACCAAUAUCACUCGAAGCCACCUGCAGUAUACUGAGAAAAUUAGCUUCCAGUUUGUCGUCCGGGGAUGCCACCCAGUUCAUCAACGAACAGAUCGGUCGAUACAUCGAUGAGCACCUUGCCAAGUCUGCUUGGGUAAUACCGAUCAUGGAAGCAACGUUAGGAUCGUUGGAGGCCACACCUGUUGGGAAAAAUCUGGAGAAGCUAAUUAAAACACUGGAGCCUUUAACUGUUUGUCAUCCAAAUGCUGAUGUGAGGAUUUCUGCGUGUCGGCUCGUGGCUGCUUUGAUUAACAAAGUUCCUGAAGGGCAUGAGCUAGAAUCCAUACUUGAUUCAUUGAGGAUCAAAUGGCAAGAUCCAUCCGCCGACCGGAGCAAAACUGUUUGUCUGUUUGUCUGGGUAACCAAAGCAUUGCUGAUGAGAUCCUAUUCCAAGCUUGAUCAAACCAUUCAAGAGUUAGUUGAGUCCUUAAAUGAUCCCACACAUGGGUAUCUGGUGGCCGAAGGAUUUAAAACAAUUUUGUGCGAAACCGAAGAGUGUCUGAACUUUGAUAGCCAUGCAAACAUCAGGCUAAUGUACCGACAGCGAUUUUUCCAAGAGGUGGUCCCACGUCUGUUAAAGUUGUAUCGGGAGUCGCCAUCUUGCAAUAAAUCCGCUUGCUUCGCUGCCAUCGCAAACCAGCUGGCCUUCAUUCCGGAGGGUGUUCUAGUUGCUCACAUAACGACGCUUAUUCCUUUGCUCAUCCAAUGUCUGAACAUUGAGCAGCCCGAUCAACUCAUCGUUUCGACAAUCACAGCCUUCAUGGGUCUCAUUUCAGACAACAUCAACGCCAUCGAGGAAUACAUCAGCAGCCUUGUCCCUAGAUUACUCACGCUUGCAAAAGAUGGUUUGACUAUGGAUGUCCGCCGUCUUGCACUUCGAUGUCUGUCAGAGCUAAGGAAAGCCCAGCCGGUCGUCUUGCUCCCACUCCGAUCAGAGGUUAUCCUACGCUUGACUCCAUGCCUUGAUGACAAAAAGCGUUUGGUCCGGCGAGAAGCAGCCGUUGCCCGCCAAAAAUGGACCAUGUUAGGGCAAGCAGGUUGUGAGUAAAAGUUGAGGCAUUAUGGACUCGUCUGCCAAAGGUCCUAAAGAGCUUCAAAUAUACUGUUUCAAUAGCA